AUGCACCGCAGUUUCGAAUAUGAUAUCUUGCCACACGAAGAUAUUUCUCACCAAUCUGUACAAAGACAUGGAUCGGCACUGGGCAUUUGUUCGUGUACACUUCGAUACUACACCACCUUGCUAUCCAGUUCGUUAGGACGCCUAUCCGAAAUUGCCCUACUGUUUUUACUGCUAAUCAGCCCGAACACCACCACAUUUUGGAACUAUCGCCGCCGCGCUGUUUUGUCCAAUCGUAUCACGGCGGAUCGUGAGUUGUGGCUCACUCGCCUUAUCUUGCGUACUCAUCCGCGGUCGAAUGAAACCUUGUUCCAUAGACAGUGGAUUGUUCGGAAUUUCUAUCCGGAAAUUGGCUCUUUGCUGGACACGGAAUUUGAGCUAUGCGACCAGCUGGCGGAUUUGUAUCGGAUGCAGUACGGUGUGUGGGAUUAUCGGCGGUUUUUGCUACGCUCCACUGUGGGACUUCAGACUGCCAUCGUGGAAGCCAAACGUGUAGAAGCUUGGCUACGGUCCCAUCCCUCUGAUGCCAGUGGGUGGAGCUAUCUGGCUGACGUGCUGGAAAUGCUGUUACGAAACACUUCAUUUCCACGUGGUGAAAUGAAGCAAAUGUUGCUGACUCAUGUCCAUCAAGUUACAACCAUGCUAGAAAUCUACCCCGAACGAGAAUGCGUGUGGAUUUUCAGACGAUCGGUCUUAUCGCUUUUGUGCGAACUGUGCAGUUGCGAUCGCAUUUCUAUGGCCCUCAGUCACAUUGAACCUCAACUGCCAAAAGCAUCAGAAGUCCUGCGAUUGUAUGCCAAGGAACGGCCGACAAUCACUUCUUUAUCGGAUUUUCUCUAUUGGUGCUACACACACAAGCUCUCCUCACACCCUGAACUCACAACUUGGCGAGAGCUUCUGUCUUUGCGUCAUUUGUUAUGGCUUUGUCAAAGUUUGGGUACUAACCAAAACACAACAUCUAUGGCAAUCACGCAUACUUCUGUUUGA